GAAGUACUUGAUGCCAACCCAAAACCAUACAAACCCUCUUCACUUGUGUGUGUUUCUAUCUCUCUCUUUCGCUCUCCCUCUCUCUCUUUCUUUCUCUUUCUCUUUCUCUCUCUAACUCCUCCGACUCCGACCUUGCGAGAGCCGAGCGACCCCCUGAACCCAUCCCCCACCAUGUUCCGCCGAGCCACCACCUCUCUCCUUGGCCGAGCCACCGCCUUCUCAGGCAGGGCUCGUCCCUUCUCGACCGAUGUCCCGGCGGCUCAGACCGGCGACUCGGCCUUCGCGGAGGCGUGGAAGAAGGUGAUCCCUAAUAUCGAACCCCCCAAAACCCCCCUCUCCUUCAUGCAGCCUCGGCCUCCCAUUCCCUCUUCAGUCCCUUCCAAGCUCACCGUAAAUUUCGUCCUUCCUUAUGCCUCCGAGCUUUCCGCUAAAGAGGUGGAUAUGGUUAUAAUUCCAGCAACAACUGGCCAGAUGGGUGUUCUUCCUGGACAUGUAUCGACAAUUGCGGAGCUCAAACCUGGGGUCUUGUCGGUUCAUGAAGGAAAUGACGUGACAAAAUACUUUGUCAGCAGUGGUUUCGCAUUCAUCCAUGCAAAUUCGUUCACCGACAUAAUCGCAGUGGAGGCCGUUCCGCUCGACCGAAUCGAUCCCAACCAGGUCCAGAAGGGGCUCGCAGAAUUCACCCAGAAGUUGAGCUCGGCCACAACUGACUUGGAGAAAGCCGAAGCCCAAAUUGGAGUCGAUAUGCAUAGUGCGCUCAACUCUGCCCUAACAGGCUAGUUAGUGAUACUAGUCUUUGCCGGUUUGCACUUUUGUUGAUUUAGUCAAAUUCUCACUUGUUGCAUCUUUAUGGCUGUGUUUCAUUUGAGGCAUCAUUUUGUCUACUGGAGCCAAAUAUGUUGAAUCUUUCAGUAUUUGUUUCGGUGCUGAAUGUGGAAUUGAUCUUUAAUAAUCUCGAUUCGAUAUCAUGCUUUCGGAGAGAGCUGAGCAAACACUUGAAGAAGAAAAUGUACUUAUUUUGCUUGACUUGCGGAUUUCCAUUU